UCUUUUGUGUCAGAGGGUAGAAACGAUGUCAACUUCCUUUAUUGAAAAGACAGCAGUGUGUCAAAAUUUAAUCAUUUAUUUUCAAUAUGAACAGUUAGUAGUGCAUCAAAACUGUUCAAAUAACAAAGGAAUGACUUCUUGAAAACGCUGAUAAACAUGUCGAAGACAGGAACAUUACAAGAGCGACCUAAACCUCCUUCAUUUGAACAUAUGAAACAGGAUGUUGAAAAUGCUUCGGAGAAUGACGUCGUUUUUUUGGCUGGGAAUAAUGCUUUGAGUCAGAGUAAUAUUGCAAUGAUUGAGUCUUUUAUGGAGUUAUCACCCUUGGACCAAAAAGCCUCUAAUGAAAAAAUGUCUGGAGGUGCAGAUCGGACAGGUGUUACUGAGGGGGUGGAAAAAUCUUACCAAGAUACACUAGAGCUGCUAAGACUCAAUAAGAUGCUGGCUCGUGCUCCACAGGAGUUAGAGGACAAGUACAACAGUUUACAACAGUUGGGAGAGGAUAUCACUGCGUCCAUAUCUAAACUUCAGAAAUCUACAGAGGCCAUCAAACAGUGACAUCUAUAAUAACAAAAAUAUACAUAGAGGCCAUCAAACAGUGACAUGACAUCUAUAAUAACAAAAAUCUACACAGGCUAUCAAACAGUGACAUGUUUUAACUUUAUUAUCCUACAAAGGCCAUAUAUUCCUUAAUGUCACACCAUAUUUAUAAUAAAUUUUCUUGUUGUUAAUCGGAGUUUUGAACCUAUUUUGUGGACUGGGAUGUACUUCAGGUGUUCCAAAAUAAAACAAGACUAACUGCUCACAAUAAAAUGUUUAUUAAUGCUGAAUUCAAAUUAAUACAGUCAUUAAGCACACUCGCAUACUGCAUACACAUGCUUAAAUAUUGGGAAAUUAUUUUGACCAAAGUCACAUAUAAUAUCGACUAUGGCCGUCACCUUGUCAGCCCUCCAAACUGACCUUUGUGGCAUAGUGUUACAUGUUCAUUAUAACCACUUGUAUCUUCAUACUAGAUAAACAAAGGUUACUUGAACAUAAAUAGUAACCUUGACUUUCAUUCUAUGAUAACAAUGUACAGAUGUACAUGUAAGUACAGCCUCCUUUAUCACCUUUUGUUACCGGUAUGUAAAAGCCAAGGAAUACGAGGAGAACACACUGUCUUGGUGGCAAGCUAGCUUUCCCAGUGAUGCACUUCAAAUCCUGGUACUCGCUCAAUAACAGUUUUCAAACUUAAUGGUAGACCGAUAAACAAUCACUGUGAAAAAGAUUAGAGUAGCAGUGGUCCUGAGAACCACUGUUCUACCUUAUUGUUACCAAAUUUCUAAAUUUCAUUACAUUGAUAAAUAACUUUGUAAAUAACAUGUUCUACGUCAAGUUCUAAUCUAUGAACAUUUUAGUAGGUGUGCAAGAUAUCUACGGUCCCAUUGUCUAUACCUUAGGAUCUCAAACCUUGUAAGAGCCUGCAAAAAGAUACAAUUUGAUGCACCUUAGGAUCUUUCUGUUCAUGAAGAUAAUUUGAUUCUUGCAUAUCUGGGCCUGAAGAAGAUUGGUGAAAUUUUUGCCAGUUUGACCUUUUUGACUCGGACCCUUGGCAGCUUAAUUUUCAUACUAUCAAACUGCAAUCACAUGGUAAAAAUUCAAGCCUGGUUUGAAAUAUUUCCCGCUGAAAAUAACACAGUAACAUACCCCUCCCCAAUGGGGAAUGAGUGACCCUGGGGUAAAGAAAUUCAGACUCUUGAUAAAGAACCUUGGUACC